AUGGCCCUCUUCAAUCAGUCCACUCGCAAUGUCGACCUGGGCAAGUCGGAAACGGAGCUCACGACCAACAUCCGCAAGGCAACAUCCAUCGAAGAGACAGCGCCCAAGCGGAAACACGUGAGAGCGUGUAUUGUCUACACGUGGGACCACAAGAGCAGCGCCAGCUUCUGGAACGGCAUCAAAGUCCAGCCCAUCCAGGCCGAUGAGGUGCAGACCUUCAAGGCCCUCAUCACCGUCCACAAAGUGCUGCAAGAAGGCCACCCGAUCGCGUUGAAGGAGGCGCAACAGCACGUGUCAUGGCUGGAGAGCUUGAGCAGAGGCAUGAUUGGUGGGCAGGGCAACGACGGCAUGCGAGGAUAUCAACCGCUGAUUUCCGAAUACAUCUUCUACCUGAUCAGCAAGUUGCGAUUCCACCGCGAUCAUCCCGAGUUCAACGGCACCUUCGAGUACGAGGAGUACAUCAGUCUGAAGUCGAUCAACGAUCCGAACGAGGGCUAUGAGACUAUCUCCGACCUUAUGAACCUGCAGGACCAGAUCGAUAGCUUCCAGAAGCUGAUCUUUGCGCACUUCCGGGGUGGCAACAACAACGAGUGCAGGAUCAGUGCGUUGGUGCCACUAGUGCAGGAAAGCUACGGCAUCUACAAGUUCAUCACCAGCAUGUUGCGGGCUAUGCAUACUACCCUUGGCGACGACGAGGCAUUGAGUCCGCUGCGAGGAAGAUAUGACGCUCAGCAUUAUCGACUCGUGCGAUUCUACUACGAGUGCUCCAACCUGCGAUAUCUAACCUCCCUUAUUACCGUGCCGAAGCUGCCGCAAGACCCUCCGAAUCUACUCAGCGACGACGAGACUGCGCCUGCACUUCCUUCCCGACCACGAAAUGAGCCUGUCACGAAGCCCAAGACUCCACCACCAAAACCAGCCACGGAUCCUGAGCCGAUCAACGAGUUCUGGAAAAACGAGCAGGCAAGGCAGCAGGAGGAGUAUGCGGCAGAGCAGGCAAGAUUGCAAGCGCAAUGGGAAGCGUCACAACGACAACAGCAGCAGCAAGCAAUGCAGGCUCAGAGAGACUUCGAGGAGCAGCAGCGCUUGCAGGCAGAACAGCAGAGGUUGCAGCUCGAGCAAUUGCAGAGACAGCAAUACGCGGAGCAGACACAAGGGCGCAUGGCCGAGCUGGAGCGCGAGAACUUGAAUGCGAGAGCACAGUACGAGAGGGAUCAGUUGAUGCUGGAGCAAUACGACCGCCGGAUGAAAGCACUGGAAGGCGAGCUAGGACAACUAGGAGCCAACUUCCAGCAGCAGACUCAGAGCAAGGACGAUCAGAUCAGAUCGCUGCAAGAGCAGGUCAAUACAUGGCGGACAAAGUAUGAAGCGCUUGCGAAAUUGUACAGUCAGCUACGGCACGAACACUUGGAGCUUCUACAGAAAUUCAAGGGCGUACAGCUCAAGGCCGCGAGCGCGCAGGAAGCCAUCGACAGGCGAGAAAAGCUGGAGCGCGAGCUAAAGACCAAGAACCUCGAGCUUGCGGACAUGAUCCGAGAACGCGAUCGAGCAUUGCACGAUAAGGAUCGAUCGACAGGUGGACACCGUGAUGAGCUUGAGAAGCUGAAGCGUGAGCUGAGAAUGGCCCUUGAUCGUGCCGACAAUGCAGACCGGGCCAAGGGCAGCGAACUCUCUUCCAUGCUGUCAAGACACAAUCGCGAGAUUGCGGAUCUGGAGGAGGCCUUGCGCAACAAGACUCGUGCUUUGGACGAUGUCCACAUGAAGUCUGGCGAGGGUAAUUCAGAUCUUGAGCGUCAACUCCGCGAAAAGGAGGACGAGCUGGAGAUCUACAAGUCUGGUAUGGACCAGACACUGAUGGAGCUGAAUGAGCUUCGCAACGGCAGCAACGGUGUUGAUAAGGCUAUGGAUGAGCAGAUCGAUGUCAUGCUUCUCGAGAACAUUCGCAAGAUCAACGACAUUAUUGACUCCGUCCUCUCGGCUGGUGUACAAAGAGUGGACGAUGCGUUGUAUGAGCUCGACAGUAGUAAUCAAGCCGGCAACCAGAACGCCAGUGGCCCAUACGUCUUGUCGCAGAUCGAGAAAGCUCAAUCGACAGCCAUGGAAUUCAGUACAGCAUUUAACAACUUUAUCGCGGACGGGCCGAACAGCACUCACGCAGAAGUGAUUCGUACAGUUCAUACUUUCUCCAACGCCAUCGCGGACGUGCUAUCCAACACCAAAGGUCUUACACGCUUCGCAAGUGACGACAAGAAGUCCGAUCAACUCGUCUCUGCCGCCAGACGCUCAGCCUCAUCUUCCGUAGACUUCUUCCGCGGCAUAAUGUCGUACCGCUUGGACGGCCUAGAGGACCUCCAGAAGACAGACGUAGUCAUCAACAAAAACAACGACGUCCAAAUCGCCCUGAACAACCUCAGCAAGCUCGCCGAUGCCUUCGCCCCACGCACAAAAGUCACCUCGACCUCUGGCGACCUCGGCGAGCUCGUCGACAGAGAAAUGACCAACGCCGCCAAAGCCAUCGAAGACGCGACCGAGCGUCUCACGAAACUGAUGAACAAACCAAGGGACUCAUACAGCACCUACGAGCUCAAAAUCCACGACUCUAUCCUCGAAGCCGCCAUCGCCGUGACGAACGCGAUCGCGCAACUCAUCAAAGCGGCUACGGCUUCGCAGCAGGAGAUCGUGCAACAAGGUCGUGGCUCGAGCAUGAGUAAGACGCAAUUUUACAAGAAGAACAAUCGAUGGACUGAGGGACUCAUUUCCGCCGCCAAAGCCGUGGCGCGGUCAACAAAUAUGUUGAUUGAGACAGCCGACGGCGUGAUCUCGGGUCGCAAUAGUCCUGAACAACUUAUCGUCGCUUCGAAUGAUGUGGCGGCCAGCACGGCACAGCUUGUGGCGGCGAGUAGAGUGAAGGCUAGUUUCAUGUCGAAGACGCAGGAGAGGCUCGAGGAGUGUAGUAAAGCUGUUACGGGGGCUUGUAGGGGGUUGGUGAGGCAGGUGCAGGCGAUUAUUGAGAGUAGGCAGAGGGAAGGGGAGGAGGAUCUGGAUUAUAGCAAGUUGAGUGGGCAUGAUUUCAAGGUGAGGCAGAUGGAGCAGCAGGUCGAGAUUCUGCAAUUGGAGAAUUCUCUCAGCGCUGCUCGGCAUCGCUUGGGCGAGAUGAGGAAAAUUUCCUAUCAGGAGGAGGAUUAG